AUGAAAUUCAUACUAGUAGAACUUUUACUACUAUAUUGUAUAUUUAAUAUUGAUAUAGAUGCUUUACCAAUUAAUAACAAUACAUCUCAAAUUAAUAAUAGUACAUUGAAUCUCGAACAAAAAGUAACAAAUUCAAAAGAUCAUCUAGAUAAAUCAACAUCAAUUUUAAGUACUUCAUUAAUAAUACCAAAAAUUCAAAUACCAGAAAAUUUUAAUAUAUCACAAAUAGAAAAAAAUCUAAAAGAUUUUGGUAUACAUAGUUUAAAAGAUGAUAAACAUAUUGAAGGUUUACCAUUGGAUCGUCAUGGAAAAGUAAAUCCAGAUUUUCAUAAAGAAAUUUUUUUGGGUAAUCAUGAAUUAUUUGAAGCGGAUAUUCAACGUGAUGAAAAGAAGCUACAUAAAAAAUUAGAAGAAAUAUUUCGAGAAUCAGAUGCAAAUCACGACGAACGUUUAUCAAAGGAUGAAUUACUAAGUCAUGUACUUAAAAACGUUCAACAACAUUUAACAGAAGCUAAAGAGAGAAAUUCACAAUUAUUUUUAUUGAUUGAUACAAAUCAAGAUGGUAAAAUAACAUGGAGUGAAUAUACUAUAUUAUAUAUUAGAUUUCAUAAUAUGACCAAGCCCAAUAGUAAAGAUUUCUUUGAUACUGAUUCUGUUCUAGAAACAACUGAUCUUGAGUUACGACGAGAACUUUAUAAAAUUCGAUUUCGUUGGUCGCAAUCUGAUAAUGAUGGUGAUGGUGAACUAAAUAUUGAUGAAUUUCUUGAAUUUCGUCAUCCCGAAGUACUUGGUCGUUCAUAUACAUAUAUGGUUGAAGAUACUAUGACACAAAUGGACCGUGACGAAGAUAAAAAAAUAAGCGAAGAUGAAUUUUUAUUUUUACCUAAAGCUGUAGGUGACACUGAAGGUAAGAAGGAAUGGUCAGAAGCCGAUAAACAAUGGUUAACAGAACAAAAACGAGAAUUCCAUGAAAUGGAUAAAAAUAAGGAUGGUUUUCUGACCAAAGAUGAAUUAUUGCAAGCAUAUAAUCCAAUGAAUCGUGUACAUAUCGAUAUGCAAAUCAACAAAUUAUUUUCAAAAGUUGAUGAUUCACCAAAAGACAAAUCUUUAUCAUUAGAAGAAAUUAAAAAACAUGCUGAUGUUUUUACUGAUAUGCGUAUUUUAGAUGCUGACGGAGCAUUACAUGAUGAAAUGUAA